AAGCUACAGGUGGGUCAAGAAAAACCCUCCACUCGCUCUCUCAGAGAAAAGAAUUUCGCCUCUUGCAUCCAAUUUUACCGCUGCGAAGGGCUUGGCGAGUAUGAGAUUAAUAGUGCGUGGGAGCAUUUUGAAUUGGGCUAACAGAGCAUUAUCGCCUGGUAACAUCCUUUCAUUCCUUCCCAGAUUCCCCUCCCAUUUCUCUGCUCUUCAUAAUGAUGUUGCUGUUAUGCCCAAUAUUCACGAUUCAUACUUGCAACAUAGUAAAUCAAGGUUUACGGGUAUCAAGAAGCUUGAUGACGCUCUUGUUCUGUACAGUCAAAUGGUCCGGAUGAAACCCUUUCCUCCGAUUGUCCAAUUCAACCAACUCUUGAAUUCCAUUGUGAAGAUGGGCCGCUACAGUGAUGCAGUCUCUCUGUUUAAAGAUAUCUCUGCUUCUGGAGUUCCGAUAGACAAUUGCACCCUUAAUAUCGCCUCCAAUUCCCUUGCCCGUUUGCGUAGAGUUGAGUUGGUUUUUUCUAUCUUAGGGAGCCACUUGAAGCUCGGCCUUGUACCCGACGUGUUUUUGUUCGCCACCUUACUGAAAGGGUUGUUCCUUCAAGGCAGGGUUCAAGAUGCUAUAUGGUUGUUUGAGAAGUUGUUGAACGAGAAACUGUGCGAGGUAAGUGAAGUCACAUUGCUAGUAUUGAUUGAUGGCCUCUGCAAGGCAGGACAUACUGGUAAGGCUACUAAGUUGCUUAAUUUGUUUGAUGAGAAAGAAAACUGCAAGCCUGAUGUGACUGCAUAUAACACCGUUAUUGAUUCUUUGUGCAAGGAUAGAAUGGUGGAUGAUGCCCUUGUCCUGUUAGCCAAAAUGAUGGAAAAGGGCAUUCUUCCCAGUGUUGUGACCUACAAUUCCCUAAUUCAUGGACUUUGUACAUUGAGCCGAUGGGAAGAGGUCAAGGAGUUAUUGAAAAGAAUGAUGGAUUAUGGGAUUCCUCUCAAUCUGCUUACAUACAGCAUAUUAGUGGAUGGGUUUUGCAAGGAAGGAUGGAUCAGUGAUGCUGAAAAAAUCAUAGAUACUAUGAUUAAAAAAGGCAUAGAUCCUGACACGGUCACAUAUAGUCCUUUGGUGGAUGGAUACUGCAAACAAGGAAAGAUGGACAAUGCAUUGGAAUUCUUGAACACCAUGAUUCGUAGGGGAUGUGACCCUAAUAUCCACACUUACAGUAUUUUACUAAAUGGAUAUUGCAAGAGUGGGUGUUCAGAGAAGGCCAUGCAAUUAUUUGAAAAAAUCCAUAGCAUUUUCUUAAAGCCAACCGUUGUUACUUACAACACUAUGUUGGAUGGUUUAUUUCAUGUAGGGAGAUGUGUUGAUGCCGAGAAGCUUUUUAAUAAAAUGAUAAAAAAUCGAGAAUAUCCAGAUCUUGUCACCUAUAAUAUCAUUUUGGAUGGCUUCUGCAAGAACAAUCGUGUUCCUCAAGCGCUUUCUUUACUGAGGAUGAUGGAAGCUAAAAGUCCCAUCCCCGAUAUCAUUAGCUAUAAUAUUGUCAUAAAUGGACUAUUCAAUGACGGAAAAUCAUGUACUGCAAUUGAACUGUUCAAUGCCCUUCCCUCUAAAGGUCUGCGACCAAAUGUGAUUACUUACAGAAGUAUGAUAAGUGGGCUUUGCCAAGAAGGCUUGCUAGAAGAUGCAAAAGAUAUGCUCAAGAAAAUGGAGAAAAAUGAUUUGAUGUCAGAUAGUGAGGCAUACAAUGUACUGAUACGUGGGUUACUGAAAAAGAAUGAGCAUUGUGAUGCUCUAUUACUUUUGGAUGAUAUGUCAAGACUUGGGUUCUCACCUGACAAUAGAACUUGCGAAAUUUUACUCAAGUCAUUUUUACGAGAAGGACCAAAUUCCACACUGCUGCAUAUGCUUUUAAGUAUCAAGGAUAGUGACCAAAACUCCAUAUCUUGAAUGUUUUCGAAGAAAUUUCAUAUUGGUAGUUUGGUACAUCAUUAAGGGAGUUAGAGACUUCAAUCCUUAGACCUAUGAUUCAUCUUUUGUAAUAUGCACAAGUCAUUGCCUCUGUGCUAUGUCCCUUCCGAAGUCUGCAGGAUCCUUUUUUCUGGCAGUCCUCUGUUUGAACAUAGGGUUAACUGUGACUACUUUUGAGUGUAGUUUAUCUGGUUGAAUAGAGCUUUAGGUCUCUGAAAUUAAUUAUGCUUGAAUCGAGUUUAAUGGUACUGAUGUUGUGAUUUGCAAUUAAAAUUUUUUCUCCCACUCUCUUAUAAAUUUCAAAUUUCUUAUUUGUGCGUCUCAAAAUAAGAUUUCCGUUUCUUCAAGGUAAAAACAAUCUUCCUUAUCAUUAAUUUAAACAAUACAAUUUCAGUUGUUCUAAGUGUCUUGGAGUAGCAACUGUUAUAAGCAAGGGGAUUAGUUUGCUAUUAGAAAUAGUUCUGCCGCUCUCUCUCAUAGUCUCAUCACGUUCUUUGUUUAGUUGCAGGUGAUCCAUGUCAUAACCACCAGAUUUUUGUUUUCUGUUUUUUGUUAAGGUUCAAUAGGUUCUCCAUAUUUUAUCAUCUACUCUGUAUUUUUUUUCUAAUGUGGGUCAGGAUUUAGUUGUCCUAUUUUUAAAAAUUCUCAUUUUCAAUUAGAAGUGUAAAAUGCCAAAUAAGUGAUUCAACAUGAGUUGUCAAUAAUUCAAGUCAAGAAUGUUCAUACUCUAUCUCUAGGAUCUUUUAGACAUUUCAUCAUAUAUUUUAUAUUAGAUAUUGGAAGGGGACAACUAAUUCCAGACAAAUGAAAACAAAAAGGUUAACAAUUUAAUCCGGACAAAGGGAGUAUUUAUGAGGGUUGAUGUGCCAAAGGAUGAACUAAGAGAUGAAUCAAGGUGAUGUAAUAUGUUAGAUAUUGGCACAUAUACAUCUUGUUUGGAAAACCUAUAUAUUUACACAUAUUUUGAAUUCACUUUCAAUAUAGCAGUGAUUUUGGAUGCAUGUGAGUUUUUUCAGAAUCUCUUUAUGAUCUCUUAAUUCAGAAAGAGGGAAAAAAUGUCUGUGUUUUAAUUCACCUCUGUUUUAUUAAAUGAUUCUCAACCCAAAAUGUUACAUUAAGCUAAUGUGUGCUAACAUUUUGGCAAACAAAACCAUUUUCCGUGACUCAAGAUAGAAUCUUACCCAAAUAAUAUAAGCGGCCAUUAAGUUUGCUUGACGUCAGUUUAGUCUUUUUUCCAUCUUUCCUGUUUAUUUACUGUAGCACCAAGUCACCCUAUUUUCUUACCAAUCCCACUCUCACUCCAACUGACCCCAUUUUCUAAUCCAUUCUCGCCGUUUCAUUCCCAGUUUGUCUUCUUUGCUCAGGCAAUCCUAAUUUCUUCCCUCUCUUUGCCUUAUAAUUAUUAACAUGCGGUUUGGUAUGGAACAUGGGAAUAUCUAUCUUUUCUUACCUUAGAGGAGUUAGGCGCACAUAUUUUCAAAGAGCUUGUGUUUGGAAUCUUCUGUUUCAUUUUGAGUUACUUUUCACUUUGUCUUUGAUUCCUCUAUAGACUUACAUUAGACUAUAUAUAUGUUUUGUUUUUAUAAUAGGAAAUAAGAGUGAUUUUCUCCCCAAUUGAUAUUUCUCUGUUUGAUGGUGUUGGUCCUUAAGAAUCAAUCUGAUAUACUCCGUAUGUUUUUUGCCUAUUGUUAACAGCCAUAAAUGGAAACUUAAGAAGUUGAUUGCGAGCUUCCAAACCUUGUGCAAAACACUAGGUGUUCAGUUUCUUACAAUGCAAAGAGGGUGCUUGGCGUUGAUUAAACUUUCAGAGAAGUGAUUAUUUGAACAGUGCAGGACCAAUCAAACGUGCAUAUGGUAGUGAAGACUCUGUUGCGAGAACUUGUGAUCUUGCGGCUUUUAAGUGACCUGAUGCCGCUCUUAACUUCCUGGCAUCGAGAGAUAAGAGACAAGCUCACAAGCAUCAUUUGUGUUGUAUAGUAAACCAUUGUUUUUUGAUGUAUGUGAAUAUAUUGUCAAAUUUUGGUAUUAAAAUGAAUUUACCCUU